UUUGCUGCGUGAAAUAAUGGAAAAUGAAGAAACAUCCGAUCAAAACGGAACGACGCACUACAAAAAAGGUUUAGUAAACGGAUUUCACCCCGCACAGUCGGGUAACGGCGAUUGCAUUUCGUCCAACGGAGGUGGUCUGGGUACUAGUGACAGUAGCGGUGGCCAUAAUGGUAUUGAAAAUUUCCACCAUCUUCAUCAGGAUGUACACAACAAUGGUUCGCCUGCGAAGCGCUGCAGACUCAGAAGACGAGUGGAUUCGGGAAAGAAGAACAGACCACCCUUUCCGUGGUUUGGCAUGGAUAUUGGAGGCACCUUGGUGAAGCUGGUUUAUUUUGAGCCCAAGGACAUAACAGCUGAAGAAGAACAAGAGGAAGUGGAGAGCCUGAAGAGCAUCCGCUGGUACCUGACAUCCAACGUUGCCUAUGGAAACACUGGAAUCCGUGAUGUUCACCUGGAGUUGAAGAACCUCACCAUGUGCGGCCGCAAAGGCAACCUGCACUUCAUUCGGUUCCCCACACAAGACAUGCACCGCUUUAUCCAAAUGGGCCGAGACAAGAACUUCUCUAGUCUGCACACCACUCUAUGCGCCACCGGUGGGGGGGCGUACAAAUUUGAGGAUGACUUCAGAACGGUGGCUGAUUUGGAGCUGCAGAAGUUGGAUGAACUAGAUUGUCUUAUUCAAGGUCUGCUGUACGUUGAUUCAGUCGGGUUCAAUGGCCAUCCAGAAUGUUAUUUUUUCCAAAAUCCAUCUGAACCUGAAAACUGUGUCAAGAGGCCAUUUAGCCUGGAGAACCCUUUCCCUAUGUUGCUGGUAAAUAUUGGCUCUGGCGUUAGUAUCCUGGCCGUCUAUUCCAAGGAUGAUUACAAGCGGGUCACAGGCACCAGUUUAGGAGGUGGUACCUUUCUUGGCCUGUGCUGCUUGCUGACUGGCUGUGAAACAUUUGAGGAGGCAUUAGAAAUGGCGGCUAAAGGGGACAGCACUAACGUGGACAAACUAGUGAAGGAUAUUUAUGGAGGCGAUUAUGAACGAUUUGGCCUUCAGGGUUCGGCCGUUGCAUCUAGUUUUUGUCAUAUGAUGAGCAAGGAGAAACGCGAUAGUAUAAGUAAAGAAGACCUGGCCAGGGCGACUCUUGUCACCAUAACAAACAACAUUGGCUCCAUCGCUCGCAUGUGUGCAGUGAACGAGAAUAUCGAUAAAGUGGUUUUUGUUGGAAAUUUCCUUCGGAUCAACACCAUUUCAACUAAGCUGCUGGCCUAUGCCAUGGACUUCUGGUCUGAUGGACAACUGAAAGCUCUUUUCUUAGAACAUGAAGGUUAUUUUGGAGCUGUCGGUGCCUUCCUAGAGCUGCUGAAGAUGACAGAAGAUUCCUGAGACACUGAAGAAAACCCAACCUACAAACCAGAAGCUGCUGUAAGAUUUCAGGAAAGCCACAUCCCCUAAUAAGGAUAAGCCAUUUAAUAAUGUGACCGAGUUUCCAUUUAGCUUCAAAUCAUCGACACAUCGGCUCUUCUAUGCUCAAGAUGUGAGUAGGUGACCAAGAGGAGGUGAUGUAACAGCAGCGCAUAGAAUUUAGCAUUGUGAUUAGCUGCACCUCAUGCUAACUGUUCCUCAUCACCACUGCUACAAAGCCAGCACAGCUGUGCCUUUGCCGUGUAUCGAUGAUUUGAGGUGAUGAUGAUUUAGGACACUAAUUGUAUGCCUGUAUGCUCUCUCUACACCCUGAGCUUUAUGAAAAUAAUCAUAACAUAUGAAAAGGGUUUGGAGGGGGAGUAUAAUGUCUACUUGUGGGACAGUCUGCUGUAUAAAUUAACCUUCCCCUCUAAUCAGAUUACUCAUAAAAUGAUGAUGAGUGUUCCAUAAGUGUUAUUUACAUAGGAUUUUGCCUUUCCUGUUCUAGUCACAUCUAAGCAUUCAUCAUAUCCGCAUUAAAUUAAAAAGGCUAAAGUUGUAUUAAUAAGCAUUUUAAGGCACGAGUUCAAAUUUCUCCUUUUGUAAAUAAUACAGCAAAUGCCAAUUGAAUUUCAGUCAUUUUUCAAUCAUAUAAAUCUUUUAUCUGAACCCUUUUAGAGAAUAGCAAAAAAAAUAAUUACAAACAAACAAAAAACGUAGGUCAGACAUAGGUCUCUUUUUAUCUUGAUUGGGCCUUUUGUGUUUAGUAGAUUGUUGAGUACUGUCAUGUCUGAUUUCUAAUAUAUUUACCUCUUUGAACUGGUCUGUCUAAUGAACAGAGAAUAUGCAUCUAAGCUGACACUAAUUGUGUUGGGACCAAAUUGUCAAUAUUGACUGGAAAACAGUAUCUUCAUCAGAUGGAGAAUUCUCAUAGUUCACUACAUACAGUAAGUCCCGUGAUGAAUUUUAUAGGAUUUUACGGUCCAUAAUGCUGAGAUUUCUCUGGUCUGAAUGUGUUAACAGUUUACCCUGUGUAUAUACACUGUAGUAUAUCAUGUUUUUAUUUAACUUGACAUUUGCACAAACCAUCUCUUGUCAUCAUACCAUUAUGCAGUGAUGUCUCAAGUUUUACUUGAUAUCUGUCAAACCUUCUUCCAAAUGCCUUCAUCCUUUAAACAUUUUCAGUUUGAACGUCACCUGUUACUGAAAAUAUUUUGCCUUUUUUCCCCCUCACGGAUUAACAUGUUCAUUAACUUUAUGCCUAAACACCGUUUAACCUUUAAUAAUAAUAAUAAUCAUAAUAAACAUAGUCAGUUUGACUCUGAA